AUGGCACCCACCACUACCAAGACCGCUGCUCCCAAGACGAAGACCACCGACGCAGGAGUGAAGAAAGGUCGCGGCGCACCCAAAGGUGCUCGAAAGGCCAACGCGAAGAACGCCAUGGCUAAGAUGCAGGCUUUCUUCAAGAAGCACCGUUCUGAGUAUAAAGAUCUAUCUUUCGGUGACCAGCAGAAGGAGCUUGGAAAGAAGUGGAAGGCAUCACCCGAGAACCCAAAGAAUAGCACUUAG